UGUUCUGUGAACAAAUCCAUUUUCUACAAGUUUGACAGAUGAUUAACUGUCAGUUUUCAGAAAUAUUUUAAUAAAUAUUCUACAAUGGAAGCAGUACCAAGGUUGCCGAUGAUAUCUUUUCAAUUAAAAGUUAGUCCAGAGCCUACUACAUUUGGUCCAAAGUUAAAGCAGUAUAUACGUGAUUUUUACAAUAAAGAUCCAGCAACAUUUGCACAUGAAAUACAUCAAUUAGAAAGUUUACGUGCAGUGGCCAUACGACCACCUAUUGAUGUAGCUGGUUGUUCAUUAUUAAAAAGAUAUUAUUGUCAAUUGCAUUUUCUUCAAAGUAGAUUUCCUAUGGGAAAAGAUGGUGCAGCAGCAAUUACAUUUACAUGGAGGGAUACAUAUGCAAACAUGGUGUGUUCAUUGGCUAAUAUUCGUUUUGAAAUAAUUUCAAUUUUAUACAAUAUUGGUGCAAUGCAUACUCAACUGGGAGCACUUACAGAAAGAACAUCAGCUGAUGGGAUGAAAAUGGCUUGUGCUCAUUUUCAAUGUGCAGCUUGGGCCUUUGAGCAUUUAAAAAAUAGCUAUCCACAGCCAUCUGGAGUGGAUUUAGCUCCAGAACUUAUGACAUUUAUGCAUCAGCUUUGCUUAGCUCAAGCUCAAGAAUGCAUAUUAGAAAAAAGUAUGCUUGAUAAUCGUAAACCCACAAUUGUAGCAAAAGUCGCAAGACAAAUAGUGGACUAUUUUAAUUUGGCAUUAACUACACUUGAACAAGGCGGAAGUGAAGAUGGUACUAUAUCAGAUACAGUUGGGACUAAAAUCUAUAAGAGCUGGAAACAUUAUCUGAAAUUUAAGAAAGCUUAUCAUUUAGCAGUUACAUAUUUAUAUCAAGGUUUAGCUGCUGAAGAACAAAGAAAAAUGGGAGAAAGAGUAGCAUUUUAUAAUGCUGCAUUAGCUUCUCUAAAUGAAGCACAAUUGAUUUAUUCAAAUAUUCCUGGAGAAAAAGUAACUAUAGAAGAAGCAUUAACAUUUACUAAUGACGUAAUAGAAGGAAAACGUAAAGCAGCUAAAAAUGAAAAUGAAUAUAUAUAUCAUGAAGAAGUACCAGAAAAGGAAACACUACCUAGUGUAAAAGGAGCUCCUUUAGUUAAAGGAAUAUCUUUCAGUAUUAAUGAUCCUGAAGUUUCAGGUCCUGAUAUAUUUGCCAGAUUAAUACCAAUGAAAGUACACGAAGCAAGCUCUUUAUAUUCAGAAGAAAAAGCAAAGAUAUUACGUUCUGUCGGCAAUAAAAUUGAGGAGAAAGAUCAGCAACUCAAUACCUAUCUAACAUCUUUAAAAUUAGAGCAUAUAAGUUUAUGGGAUCCCGAUGCUCAGAUGACAGAAUGGGAACGUUUACCUCUUCCUGAUGAAUUGGUCGAAAGAUGUGCAGCAUUAAAUGCAAAGCAACAUAUUAUUCAAGAUUUAAUUGAUAUAGUAGGAAAAUUAUCAAAUACUAGUCAAGACGUUGAAAAAAUAUUGAAAGAAAUUAAAAAACUUCUCCUCGAUGAAGAACAGAAAGAAAAAGAAUAUCAAGAUACAGUUGGAAAAAGACCUCCGUCAAUAGUAGCUACUGAUUUAACUAGAGAAGCUAAGAAAUAUGAAGAAGCUCAUAACAAAGCUUUAGAAAGCAAUCAUGCUCUUCAUAAAGCAAUAACGAUGCAUGUAAAAAAUUUAAAAGUGCUUUCUCAACCACUUACCGAUCUUAUUGCCCAUAUUCCUUCACCAAGUGCAUAUCUUUCAGAACAAAAUACUGAAAAAUCACAUAGCGCGAUCGAAUUAGAACGAAUGCAUACUAAAGAAUUGAAACGCAUUUUGAAUAAAGUUGACGAAAUGCGUAGACAAAGAAACGAAUUGCAUACAAAAUUACGAGAUUCAAUUGCACAGGAUGAUCUAACACGCUUACUAGUUACUGCCACAUCCGAUUCUGGACCCUUGGAUCGUUUAUUUGCAGACCAACUUAGCAAACAUCAAACUUUAGUAACUUUAAUAGAACAAAAUCUAACUGCACAAGACAAUAUUUUAGCAGCUUUAACGGAUGCAUAUGCCCAAACUGCUAAUAUACGAAAAGGAGUUGAAGAAAUAUUAAAACGUAGAGAACAUACUAUUUCUUCUUUGAUUACGUCUUACGAUGCUUACGAAGAUUUAUUGGCAAAAUCUAGCAAAGGUCUUGAAUUUUACAGGAAAUUAGAAAUAAAUGUUUCGAAAUUACUUCAAAGAGUGAAAAGCACUUGUAAAGUGCAAGAAGAAGAACGUGAACAUAUACUUGCACAAGAUAAUAAUAAAAAUUCUCAAGAAAAGAUGGACACAAUAACAUCCACUAUUUAUGAUCAAAGUCGAAAUCGAACUGGCAGUGGACUUAAAUUAAAGGAUUACUUAAACAGCAGACCAGAAAAUAUUCAAAAUCAGUAUUAUAAUGUAUAUAAAGAACAAGGUAAACCAGUUCAAAUAGAUACAACAAAAUCAUACUUGAAUGAUACAUCAAAUUUGAAUAAAAAUGCAAUGCAUUCUAGUGGAAUGUCUGCAUUGGAUGCAAUAUCAUCUAUAAAAUCUACACAGCAAUAUUAUUCUGCACCAUAUACAGAUUAUAAAACAAAUUUAUCUUAUUCACAUGAAACUUCAACAUAUAACGAAAAUGCCACUUUAAAUCAAAAUUAUGUACAAAUUAAUAGUUCUGAUAUUGUAAGUACUUAUCCACAAGUAAUUGGAACAAUUACUACAACAGAUACUACAAUGCAAUAUCCAAUAAAUUCUUUCGUAUCAAAUGGACAAUUCUCCACAACUUUGGAUAGUCAUCAUAAAUAUUCUACUAAUGUUCAAUCACUUUAUAAUUUUUCUAAUAAUACAUUGCAAUAUGAAAAUUAUCAGCCAUACAAUACUGUACAACAAUAUUCUUCUAAUCUUGAUAAAACUGGUAAUGUUAUUAAAACUGAAAUACCAUCCCAAAUAUCAACAACAACACAAAUUUCUGUACUUCCAUCUGUAUCUCUACCGAAUACAGUUAAUAAAACAACUGAUAUACAAACGCAACUUUAUACUACUAUAACUCAACAAGGACAACAAUAUAUAUCUGAGCCACAACAAAAUGUUGUUUCUCAAGAAUCUCUUUCUAUAAAGGAUCAACAUGUAUUACCAUCAGAUAAUACUCAAAUACAAAACUAUCUUCUUCCUUCAAUUAAUCAAAAUGAAAUUCCGUGUACUCAAAGUUACACUGGUGCAAUAUAUUAUAAUUCAUCCGAGUUGCAUAAUCAACAAAUCACAUCGAACCAAAAUUUAGCCGAAACGACCAAUAUUCCUCCUUCUAGCCAUUAUAUGCCAACACAAUACAUAAACAAAAAUAUUCCUCAAUCUAUUCAUUCUACUACUUCUUUCAAUGCUCCAAUAAAUGAUGUAGGUACUUUAUAUUCAUCAACCUUACAAAAUUCCAAUAUUGUCCAAUAUCCACAGCAAAGUGGUACAGAACAAAGUAAACAGAUCUAUAUAGAUCAAGGGUAUCAAUAUGGAUCACAAACAUCUACUACUGACACCAGUAGUGCAACUUACUCCAAUACCUAUCAUAAUUUACAACAUACUACAUGUGUUUCAUAUCCACAAACUAUAUUAUCUACAGAUAUUUCUAACACAUAUACAUACACGAAUUGUUCUACUAAUACAGAAAUGAUUCAAAGUCAUACAAAAUCUUCAACAAAUUUGCAAAAUUACUCUCAAGCAUAUCAAUAUCCACAACAAUCACAUUACUCUGGAUAUGGUAACUAUUCUCAUAUUUACAAUCAAGGAUAUAAUUAUAUGCAAGGAAAUCAAAUGGCUGUUGCAUUGACAGAAUCUUAUAAAGGUCAAAUGGGAUAUACUUAUAAUUCUACUAGUCAAUGUUAUGAAUACAAUCCUAAUAAUAUUCAAAUUUCGCAAUCUUCUGAAUCAACAUCACAAAUAAACACUGGCAUUAAUAUUUAUCAACAACAAGAAAGUAAUGCAAGAUAUACCAAUGCUAGUAAUAAUUCUAUGGUUAGUCAAACUCCAUCUUCUCAAUAUUCAGAACAAACUCAAUCUCAAUGUUCAACUGAUAUUUAUUAUACCACACCAUAUGGUCUUCAAAUGCAAAAUCAAACGUCAACUAACAGAAAUGAAAAUUAUACUAAUUAUAAUCAAACAUAUAUGCAAGCUGUUAACAAUGGAACUAAUACAACAAAUGCAAAUCCUACUAAACCUGCUACAAAAUCAGAACAAUCUAAUAUAGAUUUACUUGCUGAUCUUGAUAUUACUAUAAAUCAUGCACCUUUAGUGCCAGAAGUACGUUCUGUUCAACCACAAAACGAAACUGAAAUAAAAAAUAUUGAUGAUGAUAAAGAAAAGAUAAAUGAUGAUGAUAAAGAAAAGAUGAAUGACGAUGAUAAAGAUAAAAUAAAUGAUAAAACGGAGAACGAGAAUUUACAAAUUGUAUGGGAUACAUGGUACAAUGAUGUGCAACCUAAAAAAGAUCCUUUAGGAGAUCCAUUAGCAUUACAAAAAUUUAUUAAUGAAGUUGAAAAAUAUGAGAAAUUUAUAGAUAGUUUACUUGUUAAAACAUUAAGUGGAGCAACUAAUCUUGAUAUAAAAUGGAAAGAAGUCCAAGAAUUCGAAGAAAGAGAAACUGGAAAACAAUCGUGCACAGUAGCAUUAGCUCAUUCUUCGGAAAAUAGAGUAAUAGAAUGUAUCCCAUAUGAUACGACAAGAGUACAAAUAUCAUCAACAGAUAUUUCAAAUUAUAUUAAUGCUUCUCAUAUAAUAGAAAUUACACAAUGGAUACCAACUGCAUUUAUUAUUACUCAAUCGCCAUUACCGGACAAAUUAGAAAUAUUUUGGAUGAUGAUAUGGGAACAAGAAAGUGAAAUAAUUGCAUGUUUAGUAUCUGAUACACAAUUAAAUGGAGAAAUAUAUUGGCCUAUAAAUGAAGAAGAUAUUCUGAAUUGUGGUAGCUUUACAAUAUCGUUAAAAAAGAGAGUAAAUCAUAUAUCCUAUAUUCAAAGAGUUAUUUCUGUGCAUAAUAUUAAGAAAAACUUAGAAAAAACUAUCGUACACAUGCAAUUUCUCUCAUGGCCUUCCAAUGGUUUUCCUAGUAGUCCAGGUGCACUGCUUACUUUUUCAACGGAUGUAAUGACGGAACAAGCACUAAGACGUUGUACAAAACCAGUAGUGGUACACUGUUUAGAUGGUGGUGCAUUAAGUAGUUUAUUCUUAGUAGCAGCAGCAACAGUAUGUCAUAUACGCGCAGGUUGUGGAAUAGUCAAUGUACCUCUUGUAUUCAAAGGUCUUUUAAAAUGCCGUAAACAAAUUGUAAAUAAGGAAUCCUUAUUAUUUGCAUACCAAUUAGUAUUAUAUCAUGCUCAAGAUAUUUUAAUGAAACGUGGUAUUUUAUCAUCUACACGUUCAACAUUUGAAAAUUUCGAAGGUUUAAAAGGAAGUAAAGAUAAAGCAUCAAGAAAAAUGCAUCCUUCUGAUGAUUUUCUUCAAAGUCUUGGUAUCACUCAACGAUCAGAUAUUGAAGGUCGACAAAAAGGUUCUACUGUUACUAGUACAAUACAUUCAAGUACAUCGUCAAUUCAGGAAAAACCUAAAGAAGGAAUAAUCGAUCCUUUAAGUCAGUUAGAUCCUUUAUGGUCUAUUAGAAGGUAAAUAAAUUUGCAACUGAAGUUUUAUUAUGCACUGGUCAAUAAAUUUAUUAUUUAAAUGAAUGUUUGCAUUCCUAUAUUUCUUAAAUUAAAAAUAUUGCUAAAAGUAAGAUAAUUAUAAUAAUUGUAUAAACAUUAUUGCAAUUCAUAUUAGUUUAUAUUUCUGAAAUAACUUCAUAUUUCAUAAUCUUUAAGUUUUAAAGGUUUUACAAUCUGUAAAAUAUAUUGAAUAAAAUGUAUGUAUAAAAAACGA